UGGCAAAACCAGCGCGGAGGAGAACGUCCAGGUGGACAUCCUACAGGAGAAGUGGAGCGUGGCCAAACACACCCAAGCCUUCCCCACAGACGCCUACGGCACCCUGGAGUUCCAGAGCGCAGGUCACGUCAACAAGACUAUGGUACGUCAGUCACGACCCUAUUACUGCAAUGCAACAGGCACUAAGCCACAGCUACAGGCCACGCCUCAGUCCUACAAACUGCAAUGCUCACAGAAAGUCUUGGGACACUUGCUUAAUUCUGUAAAAAAUUAUUGGUUUUAUAAUAAAAGUCAUUCACAAAUAAUGUUUAACAUAUCUGCACAUCUUCCACACAGACUGUGUCUUUGCCAAGUGUUAUAACUGUUUUGAUUGACGCAUUCAGUUCUGAUCCUGCAAUUUUGUUAUUAAUUGCAAUCGUAGUCAUUGCCUUCCAAAGGGAUAAUUAAUGCAAAUAUUAGAGUUUAUGUUAUUGCAAAGGUGUUACUAAUUAAAAAGCAACCAAAGAGUCUGCCUGUCGAUAAACUUUUUAACUCAGAUCAGCCUUUUUAGAACUAUAAUUUAGGUUUCAAUUUAUUACUAUUUUACUUUAAAUUACAGUUUGUUUCUAGUGUAAUAUUUAUCCUUUGUCAACAUAUGAACAAAGUAAUGAUUUUAUUAAAUUAAAGCAAUACAUUUGCAAUAUUUUUAUUGACUUAAGCAGUCAUCUCAGGCAUUUCUGUGAGCAGUGUAUGGGCCUUUCCUCUUACUCGGCAUGGGUCACUGCUGUCUGUUCAGAUUGCUCACUAACGGCUCUCCGCUUCUCUAUCAGUACGUCCGGGUUUCCUAUGACACCAAACCUGACAGCUUGCUGCAGCUGAUGAUUAAGGACUGGCAGCUGGAGCUGCCCACGCUGCUCAUCUCUGUUCACGGAGGUCUGCAGAACUUUGACCUUCAGCCCAAACUGAAGCAGGUCUUUGGAAAGGGCCUGAUCAAGGCUGCUGUGACCACAGGGGCGUGGAUCUUCACCGGUGGAGUCAGCACUGGGGUGGUCCGGCACGUUGGAGACGCAUUGAAAGACCACUCCUCGAAAUCGCGAGGGAAGGUCUACGCGGUGGGCAUCGCCCCCUGGGGCAUCGUGGAGAAUAAGGAGGACCUCAUUGGGCGAGAUGUGACACGGCCCUACCAGACCAUGUCAAACCCCCUCAGCAAGCUGUCGCUGCUCAACAACAGCCACUCCCAUUUUAUCCUGGCUGACAACGGCACCCACGGCAAGUACGGCGCCGAGGUGAAGCUGCGCAGACAGCUGGAGAAGCACAUCUCCCUGCAGAAGAUCAACACACGAUUGGGCCAGGGCGUACCACUGGUCUGUUUGAUUGUAGAGGGGGGGCCCAAUGUCAUCUCCAUCGUGCUGGAGAGCCUGCGAGAGGACCCCCCCGUGCCCGUGGUGGUAUGUGACGGCAGCGGACGAGCCUCCGACAUCAUCUCCUUCGCUCACAAGUACUCAGAGGACGGAGGGGUCAUCAGCGAGAACGCGAAGGACCAGCUCCUAGUCACUGUUCAGAAGACGUUCAACUACAACCGCAGCCAAGCUCAGCAGGUCUUCCUGAUGAUCGCAGAAUGCAUGAAAAAGCGAGAACUCGUAAGUAACGUUAGAAGCAGUGUGAGCAGUAGCCAUCGUAGACAUGAUGAUAUGUGAAACAUGCCUAUAGAUACUGUUAUACAUUUAUGAACUGAAGCACAUAUAAAUUAUAAUCAUAUUUAUAGGAAAUAUUAUGUGGCAAAUGUGAACUAUAAUAAGUGAUUUAUUUGUGAUAAAUCGAUUAAUAAAGAAUUGAUCAUCUGUCA